AUGUCACAGCCCUCUGGACAGUUUGGCACAUUCUGCGACACACCCCUGUGGGAUCUAGAUUUGACCUGGCAUGGCAGCUGGCCACAGUUCACUGAGUGCUUCCAGUCAACCAUCUUGGUAUGGGUUCCUUGUGGAUGGUUGUGGGUGAGUGCCCCGUUCUACACGUGGUACCUGGCCCACUUACCCCGUCCCACCCACAGGCGGAGACCAUGCAGCUGGCUUUUGACUCUCAAGCUGAUCUGUCUCAGUCUCACCAUCGUCCUGUCAUCUGUCAGCUGCUUCAAUGUCAUCAGCAAUAAAGUGCCUGACAUUGACGACAUGGUCACAGCUGAAGUGUUUGCUCCCCUCCUCCUCACAGUCACAUUGUGCCUUGCUACAGCCUUUACAGUUGCAGAGAGAAGGAAGAGAUUAGUUACCUCAGGGGUCCAGUUUGUCUUCUGGCUGCUUCUGUCUGUCUGCAGCCUAAUUGUCUUAUAUACAGACAUUCAGCUGAAGGUCUAUGAUUCUGAUGUGUUUUCAUUUUCCAUAUUCAGCAUUCAGUAUUCAUUAUACCUUGUAGAGUUAUUACUUCAUUGUUUUCCCGAGAAACCCAUGGAGACAUCGACAACAGACAAGCAACAGAGUCCAGAAAUUGCUGCCUCCUUUCCAUCACGCCUCACCUUUUGGUGGCUGAACCCGAUCAUGUCUCAGGGCUACAGGGAGCCCCUGACAGAAGAGGACAUGCCAGACCUUCACCCCAGAGACAAGUGCCAGACUGUGGUGCCAAAGUUUAUGUACUACUGGAUGAAAGCUCUGGCUUUCUGGAAAACUAGGCAAACUCUAGUCCACACAGUAUCUUUUGCCGGCCCAGUUCCGGUUGUGUCUAGUGUUAACACCAGCCCAGCAGACAAUGAACAGGCAUCCUUACUCAGAAACGGUAUAAUCCACAACGGCAAUGGGUAUGAGAAGCGCACAGCUAAGGAGACAGCUUCAGGGCCAUCUCUGUCCUGGAUACUGUUUCAAACGUUCUGGAGAGAGUUCCUGCUGAGCCAGAUCUGGAAAGUGUUCAGUGACAUCUUAGCCAUGUGCAGUCCUCUUAUACUGGGAGAGCUGGUGGAUUAUGUAAUGGAUCCGGACUCUGAAAACUGGAAUGGAUAUGUCCUGGCUGUUGGACUCUUCAUCUCCACCAUCCUUCAGUCGCUCCUCUACCACCAGGUGUUCCACCUAUCCACAACUCUAGGACUUCGACUGCGGGCAUCUAUCAUAUCUGCUGUCUUUAGAAAGUCUCUGACCAUGGAUAACUUAGCCAGAAAAGAAUCCACAGUUGGAGAGGUCGUCAAUUUAAUGUCGGUGGAUGCUGAGAGAAUCGAAAGCUGCAUCAGUUACAUGUGGGCCGUAUGGUCGAGUCCCUUACAGAUCAUUCUCUCCCUGUAUCUCCUCUAUCAGUAUAUAGGGGUGUCCAUGUUUGCUGGAGCUGCCUUCCUGGUACUGUUGAUCCCCACCAAUGGCUACAUCACGGCUAAGCUGGGCAACUACCAGACUAAGCUGAUGGAGCACAAGGAUGACAGGAUGAAGGUCAUGAAUGAAGUGCUCAGUGGAAUCAAGAUCAUCAAGCUGUUUGCCUGGGAGAAGAGUUUUGAGACACGAAUCCUGGACAUCAGAGAGAAGGAGCUGCAAACCUUACGCAUCUCAGCCAUCAUCAACUCUGUGCUGACAUUCUCCUGGACUGCUGCUCCGUUUGUGGUAUCCCUGCUGACAUUUCUCUGUUACGUGUUUAUCGCUGACAACCACUACCUCGAUCCCAAAACUGCUUUUGUUGCCAUCUCCCUGUUUGACAUCCUCAGAUAUGCCAUUAACUUUGCUCCGAUGAUUGUCACAGAUCUUCUCAAGGCAUUCAUCUCAGCUCGGAGAAUAGGCCGAUUUCUCUGUCAUGAUGAUUUGGAUAAAUACAGUGUUUCACAUGUUGCUGGUACAGAAAACAUCAUUGAUAUACGUAAUGCUAGCUUUAGGUGGAGUUCUGAGACCAGUCAGACGUUAACAAAUAUCAACAUGGUUAUUGGUGAAGACAGCCUGGUGGCUGUGGUUGGAGCUGUAGGCAGUGGCAAGUCAUCCCUGAUCUCUGCCAUCUUGGGGGACAUGGAGAAACUGUCCGGGACUGUCAAUGUACGGGGAAGCAUUGCCUAUGUGCCCCAACAGGCCUGGAUUCAGAACAACUCUGUCCGCAACAACAUCCUUUUUGGGAAGCUGAUGGACAAAGAGUUGUACAACAGGUGUAUUGAUGCUUGUGCCCUUCGACCUGACCUUGACAUGCUGUCUGCUGGGGACAGAACAGAGAUUGGUGAACGAGGCAUCAACCUGUCAGGAGGGCAGAAACAGCGUGUCUCCCUAGCUCGGGCCCUCUAUGCCCAGGCAGACGUCUACCUGCUGGAUGACCCCCUUAGUGCCGUGGACUCUCACGUGGGACAGCACAUCUUUGAUUAUGUCAUUGGUCACUCUGGCAUGCUUGAAGGCAAGGUCCGUGUUCUAGUAACACAUGGCAUCCAGUACCUGGCACACACUGACCAGAUCGUCGUGAUGACCGAGGGUCGGAUCUCAGAGUCCGGACACUACGAUGAACUGCUGUCUCAUAAUGGAGUCUUUGCCAGACUGAUCCGAGCCUUUCUCUUUGAGGGUGAUGAUGGAGAGGACACUGACAAUGAAGAAUUACAGGAACUCAAGCAGGAAGUUCUCAGGAGGCUUUCGGAGACUGAGGAAGAGGGAGACGGAGACCUGCAAAUUGUUCUACCAAGUGUCCAUAGACAAGUGCCCAAUAUUUGUUCCCCACACACUCAUGAUUAUGUGGAGAUCCCCAAAGUCGAGACCGUGGGGAAGAUGAUGCUCCGGCAGGUGAGCCAGCAGUCGGCCCUGAUAGAAGAGGAAAUUGUUGAACUGGGAAAUGUGAAGUUCAGCAUCUACAGACAGUACAUGCAGGCUGUCGGCUACUUCUACGUGUUUCUCAUCUUCUUCCUGUACGCCCUGUACACGGCCGCCAACAUGGGGGCCUUAAUAUUCCUAAGUGCCUGGACCGAUGACCCUGACCUGGGCAACUUCACUAAGUGGCCGUCCAACAGCAGCUCCCGGCGAAACACCAACGACUACUAUGUGGGCAUGUAUGGCUUCUUUGGUUUGCUGCAGACCAUUUUCAUCAUUGGUUUCUCAUUGUUGGAGAGUCUACGCACAAUUCAUGCAUCACGCCUGCUUCAUGGACUCAUGCUGAGCCGGGUACUGCAUGCACCCAUGUCCUUCUUCGACACCACACCAGUCGGGCGCAUCAUCAACCGAUUCUCCAAGGAUAUUGACGAUGUGGAUAAUGAGAUUCCCAUGACAUUCCUCAUGUGGUUGGACUGCAUGUUCGCAGUGGCAUCGACAAUCAUCAUCAUCUCAUACAGCACUCCGCUAUUUCUGGCCUUUCUUUUGCCGGUUGCUGGUGUGUAUUACUUUAUUCAGAAAUAUUACAUAGCUACCUCACGCCAGCUGAAGCGACUGGGCUCAAAGACUCGAUCCCCUAUCUUCAGCCACUUUAGCGAGACUCUGGCUGGUGCAAGUGUUGUACGAGCUUUCAAUGCAGAAAAUUGGUUUGUGGCAGAAUCCGAUGCUAAAGUGGAUACCAACCAGAUUUUUAUGUUCAUAAACUACUCGGCUAAUAGGUGGCUGGGUUUCCGGCUGGAGAGCGUUGGCAACAUGAUCAUCCUGCUGGCAGCAACCAUCGCUGUGGCCAUGAGGGAUUCCAUCAGCGGAGGCAUCAUGGGUCUGUCCGUCACAUUUGCUCUACAGAUUACAGAAAACCUUAACUGGUUGGUGAUGUUGACCAGUGACAUGGAGACACAAAUUGUUUCGGUGGAGAGAAUCAUGGAGUAUACAACGAUCGACAUGGAAGCUUCCUGGGAGAACACUUUAUACCAGAGCCCUAUUGACUGGCCCAGUCAGGGACAUGUUCAAGUGGAAGCCUUGAGUCUUCGCUACCGGGAUGGCCUGGACCUUGUCUUGAAAGCUGUUAGUUUUGAAGUUCAGCCUGGGGAGAAGGUUGGUAUAGUUGGACGCACAGGGGCUGGCAAAUCUUCUCUAACACUGGCUCUCUUUCGAUUGGUGGAACCAGUUGGUGGCAGAAUUCUUAUAGACAAUAUAGACAUCAGCAUGCUGGGAUUGCAUGACCUGAGGUCAAAGGUCACCAUUCUCCCACAGGAUCCCAUAAUAUUUGCAGGGACUCUCAAAGAAAACCUGGACCCAUUUGGAGAACACACUGAAGAUGCUUUAUGGAGAGCUCUGGAACAUGCCCACCUGCGUAAAUUUGUGGAGGGCCUUUCAGACAGGCUUGACCAUGAGUGUGGGGAGGGGGGAGAGAAUUUAAGUGUGGGACAGAGACAGUUGCUGUGCCUUGGUCGCGCUCUUCUUCGGAAGACUCAGAUUUUAAUUCUGGAUGAGGCCACUGCUGCAGUGGACAUGGAAACAGACGAGCUGAUCCAGGAGACGAUCAGGCAGGAGUUCAAGAACUGCACUAUCCUGACCAUAGCUCACAGGCUGAACACUGUCAUGGAUUAUAACAGAAUUCUGGUACUGGAGAAAGGAGAAGUGCGGGAAUUUGAUAGCCCCCAGACCUUGCUGAAGAAACCCAAUGGGGUCUUCUAUGGCUUGGCCAAAGCUGCAGGACUUGUUUGA